AUGUCUCACAACCCAUAUUCAUAUGCUGCAGCUCCGGCUCCGAGGCAGUACUCAGCACAUGGAACCAGCAGCGCCUUCUCUAGCUCCGCCAACCCUGACGAGGAUUGGACCAAGAUCUCCGACCUUGCUGAGCGCCGGAGGAUACAGAACCGCAUUGCCCAGCGUAACUACCGCAAGAAGCUCAAGAGACGUUUGGAAGACCUAGAGAGACGCGCCGGCUCUUCCGAUGACGCGUCCUCUCCUACGGGGAGUGAGAAGCAAUCCCCAACUGCUAGCCGGAAUACCAAAAAGACUAGUUCAUCCAAAACGCAAAAGUCGGCGGCUCCUCAAAAGCCCGUACAGCCGCCCCAGUUCACGCCACCCAUGACCAAUGACGAUGAAGCUCUAUUUGCUCACGGAUACGAUCCCCGGGAGCGCUCUCACACACCACCAUCAUAUAUUGGAUAUUCAACCUAUCCCCCGCCCGACGAGAUGAUUCUAGCUCCUUACGGAUCAACCCAAACCUAUCAUCACCCGAUGACGACUGCUGAGGGCUACUCUAACUAUAUGGCAACGACCGUUCCUUGCACUCUGCCGUCCAUGACGCAUUUCAACGACGCCAUUAAGAGGGAAGCAUACCCGGCAGAGGAAUCGGUGCCCCCCUACAUGAGCUACGGCUAUGUGUCUGGGUUAGACGUUAACGCAUCAAAUUCGUACGACCAGUCGAACCCUCAUACUCCGCCGCUUUCACAUUCAUAUGAACACUCAGCAAACUGCUCCGAGUCUGGUUAUGACUACCCGACGACGCCAUUGUCUAUGCCCGGGUCUCCCGGCAUCGGACACCCGCGGCCAUAGUUCACGAGGAUGAGGGAUAACAAGGGGGAAAAUAAAGCCUUUCCAAAAUAAACAUGAAAUAACGCAUGGACGAGGCGAAUGGGAUCACGUGUGGUCGGGUUAUGCUUCAUUGUAGGGAGGGAGGCGCAAGAUACCUUGCAUCAUGACGAAGGGCUCGUCUUUUUUGGUGCAUACGAUGGAAAUACGGGAUACUUGGGUUAAAGCGUCGGUGUUGUUUGAUGAACCUUUCAUAUAUACCUUGCCCCUUUAGAUGAUGCGUGUACGGCUCUCCCGAGCUGGUUUAGUUGACAUUACGGGUAUACCGGAAAUUGAGACGUCGUUUCGGAAUUAGAGAUAAUCCUCAUAUCCGCGCGUUGACAGAAUUAAAUGGAGUUUUGACAAUGUUGGGUGUUUCUGUGCCGCGAGAUGACAUGUUCACCCUCGGUGAUAAUUCCGAGUCUUUCCGCGUGAUGCCGCACUUUCGAAAUGAAGAAUGUUGUCGUAUAAAUUUAUUGGGUGGACCAUGUAACUCACGGCGGAGGAUGAUAUUCUGUAGUACCUAUGACCGAUCGAUUAUUCACAACCAUUGACUGACCUCAGGAUCAUCCCCUUUAGCAAACUUUUG